AUGGAAUCCUGCUACCUGCCGGCUGCUCUGAAAGAGCCAGAUCCGCACUUCCACAAAUUUCCAGAUCUGCCCCGCGAUGUCCGACUCUUGAUUUGGGAGGCAUCACUUCGUCCGCGGCCGUCGAAGAACUACAAUGCGGUGCAUAGCUUUCGAGUCGAGAAUUGGGAAGCUGAGGAUGAGCGGUCGCACGAGACGAUUGUUGGCCACAAAAGUCCGAAGAUAUAUGGGGGGAGGAAUUGCUCGUGUCGUCAUCACUCGGAAGUCACCGUGGAACUGGAAACUGGGAAGAUGACAACCGCUCUCGACGCCAUAUCAAAAUGCCCCGAAGAGGCAAAAUCGGCGUUUCAUUGGGACUACGGGAUGUGGACUGCUUGUGCUGAGUCUCGAUGGGUCAUAAGCCGGCGAUUCAGGAAGAAUCAAUGGCGUGGAUUGAAGAAGGCUGUCGUAAAGGACUUGAACGUCAGACCCUUAUCGAUGUGUUCGCCGCUGAAGGUUGAGAGGGCUUGGCAGGAGGAAAACAGGUUGGAGAAAGGCAGUGACCAAAAACUUCGUAGAAGUCAGUGGUAUGAAGAUUUUGCUUCGGUUAUCAACAUAGACGAUAUGUUCUUUAACAUUGUCGCGACUCACCCGGCGAGAGAUCUUUUCAUCAUCCAUGAUGAACGUUGGAUGCACACAAUUGUACCCCAGGCCACAAUCCAAGCACAAGAACAAAACGCAAUCAAAUUCUUUCAAGAAAACGCCAUCUCCGCGACAAGCACUGGCUCUCCCAUCAUCGGAAACAUCGGCUUCGUCUACGACAGCAACUGGGUCGAUGGCCUCACCCGAAACGACCCCAAUCCCACGACCCUGUCCCUCCAAAGAAUCAGUAACAACCCAAGAGGACACUUCCUGCUCCUCCUCUACCUCUGCGUCAUGCGGAUGCUGAGCCUACGACUCUGGCUCAUCGAUUACGAACAUACACCGUGCGACACAUGCAAGACGAAAGAAGAUGCCGAGGAGGAGGAGAAGAAGAAGAAGAAGGAGCGAAAGGUGUUCUACAGAUAUGGGGAGGAGGAUCUGGUUGAGGUUGAUAUCCAGCCCAAUGUCAUGUGGGUUAUGGUGGACAAUGCGAGGUGUAUUCUUGGUACUUCAUGCGGAUUUGCUGAAUACCUCAGUGGUGAUCCCUUGGUUACCACUGCUCCCACCAACCCUGAUCCUUUCGAUGUCUGGAAGUGCGUUGGUGUUCUUGCGCCAAGGUCGAAGGUUCCUUGCUUGAGUGAUUGA